UUUCAGAUAAUAUUUGUUUCCGUAUGGAAGAACUGAAAACUUUUUCUGUCAACAAAAUACAAAUUGUUUACUGUGGAGGAGAUGAAAUGGGCUUCUCUUUCGUCUUAUGUUUCUUUGGAACUUACUCUGGUGAUUGUAAUUUGUUUACAAUCUAGAUCUACUCAUUCAACGAGUAAUGGAAAGUCUACUCUACGUUUGGUGCACAUCGUGUACCGACAUGGAGAUAGAAGCCCUACACAUGGAUACCCAUUUGACCCUGUCAAGGAGAGUGAUUGGCCCCAGGGGUAUGGACAGUUGUCUAAGCUAGGUAUGGAUCAAGAGUUUCGGCUUGGGCAGUCCAUAUGUGAUCUGUAUAUAAACAAGCUGGGCUUUCUACCAGUUAACUACAACAGGACAAAGGUGUUUGUGAGGAGUACAGAUAUGGACCGGACGCUGAUGAGUGCUUACUGUGUGUUAGCUGGUCUCUACCCCUCACCCACCCCCACCCAGGCCUGGAACAACACCUGGCAGCCCAUACCUGUCCAUACUCUACCUCCUAUAGAGGAUUAUCUGCUAAGUUCUCAUGCCAAUUGUCCACUGCUGGCCAAACUUCAGCAAGAAUUCAUGUCAAAAGACCAGAAACUGAAAAAUAUCACCAAAGAAAAAGAGUGGUUGAUACAUCACAUAUCUAAGAAUACCGGUCUUCCACCUACCAUUGAAAGUCUCUUUGAUGUUCAAGACCCAUUAUUUUGUGAGAACAGACACAAUAAGAUUGAUCCAACCGUUGGAUGGUUGGCUGUGAACGGGACAUUUGAUGAGAUAAUGGGUCUCCGAGACUUUCAUAACAGUCUCCAGUACCCCACCCUACAGAUGGCACGCCUUAGAUCAGGAGUCCUUUUGACAAAGAUGAUUUCCAAUAUGAAAGCCAAGCAGAAGAACACGUCAGUGGAUACAGAUAUCAUUCUUUACUCUGCUCAUGAUGACACAGUCAUUGGUUUGCUCUCGGUUUUGAAAUACUACCGUUACCCAGAAUUCCCUGCGGUGCAGCCUCAGUACUCUACUUCACUAGUCGUAGAACUGCAUGAAAUGAACUCCACAAAUUUUGUUGUAAAAGUCUUCCUCAGAAAUGAAACCAAUUCGACAGAUCUGCAUCUUUAUCCCAUCCCCAUUCAAGGCUGUGAAUUGGACUGUCCUUUUCCAAUGUUUGUAAAUCUGCUGUCUGAUAUGAUGGUUACUGACAUCAAAACAGAAUGUCAAGUGAAAUCACCACCAGCAGAAAACGACACAACUCAAGUCACCAACUCCUACGUGGGUGUGGCCAUCCUUAGUGGGCUGAGCGGGCUGUUGUUGAUCUUACUGCUGGGGUCAUGCUGGGUGUACUAUAAACGGAACAAAAACAUUUCCUACAGUCCUAUACCAUUGAUAGAGGAUAAUGGAGAACCGUGAGAGAGAGAGAGAGAGAUUAGUUUUAAAGGUUCAUAUUUUAAACAUAAAUUUUUUACUGUUGUAACACUGAGAGAAAAGGAGAAAGAAAGAAUGAAAGAGAGAGAGAGAGAUUUGUAGUCUAAAACAAUUACUGAUGUACAUUGAGAGAGAUAGAAAAAAGAGAUUAUAGGAGUUUUGACUAGACUACAUUAUUUACUUAUGUCCAAAAAAAAUGAGAGAGAGAGAGAGAGAUCUCAGACAAGUGUCCUUAAUUGGUGUACAAUGAGGUUUAUAUAUACGAAACUAUGCAAGUGCAAAGAGUGCCAAAAAAAAAGGUGUUUUUUUUCAAGACUAUUUUACACAUAAUGAAAAAUAUACCCCCUUACGUUAAUAUAUUAUAUAAUAUUUUAUUAUAAUAUAAUUAGAUUUUUGAAAUAUACCUCUAACCUCUACCUUAUAAAUAAAUAUUAUCGGGUAUUAAAGGGUAACUUUUUUCAUUAGGUUUCAUUUCAUUUCCUGUUGACUUUUAAUCAUCGUCCUUAAACUUAAUAUUAAUUUUCUCCUGGUUUAAAAAUUAAGAUUGUAUUUGGAAUUUCAUGUCCACACAUUUAGUUUAGAUGUGCAAUACUCUAGCUGCAGAACUGUAGCUAGCAAUACUCAUGCCCAUCAAACGGGGUGACUACGAAAGACAGCCUUUGGGUGAAAUGUGUGUUUCUAGUCAGAGCGGAUGAAUUAAAAUGUGUGAUGGAAAUUUUAAUGUGAACUCUUACUAAAUUUUAUGUAUUUCAUUCUGUGAUCUUGUCUUCCUUGCUAAAUUGCUUGUUGAAUUUGAAGAGUUUUAUUAUUGAAUUAAAUUUGUUAAAAAGUCAUAA